AUGAAGAUGUUAGAUGCUUGGGAUAUCUUAUUGUCAAAGUUAGAAGAUUUUUCAGUUCGAGGUAUAAAGUUCUAUACACCUUCUCCAAACUUCUAUUCUAUCUUCACUGGAUAUAAAUACGAACAAGUAGAAUGGAAAGAAAAUAUUAUAGAAGCUUGGUUAGACCAUGUCAAAGAAAUUAUAUGCAAUGGAAACGAAAGAGUCUAUGAGUAUAUCUUAUGUUGGUUUGCAAACAUCUUACAACAUCCAAGUGCUAAAAAUGAAACUGCUCUCAUUAUAAUUGGAAAACAAGGAACAGGUAAGAACACUUUCUUUACAGAUAUCUUAUGCAAACUGUUAGAGGGCUAUUCGAACCCUAAUAUGACAAACUUAGAAAACAUCUGCGGUAAAUUUAACUCUUCAAUAGAGAAUAUGAAACUUAUAGUUUGCAAUGAACUUCAAAGUAUAGAUACAACAAAAGUUUUGAACUCAGAUGCUUUGAAGAGUCUUAUAACAGACAAAGUUGGAGUUGUUGAAAGAAAAUAUAAAGACCAAAGAGUUUGUGAAAAUGUUGCAAAUUUCGUUAUGGUUUCAAACAAUGCUGUUCCGAUGAAGUUAGAAAGUUCUGACAGAAGAUAUGUAGUUGUCAGAACGUCAGAUUCUCAUAUGCAAGAUACAGAAUAUUUUGACGACUUAGCAGAAACUUUGACAUCUGACUUUUACAACCACUUGUUCUCAUAUUUUAUGACAUUAGAUAUUUCAAAGUUCAAUCCAAGACAAAUUCCACAUACCGAAGAGAGACAAACAUUGUUAGAAGCAAACAAGAGUGUAUAUGAACUGUUCAUAGAUGAAACUGACUUUGAGUGUUUAGAUGAAAGGUCAUUGUACGAUUC